UUGUAGGUUUAGUACAAGUAACCGUGAUUAAUUUCAAAAGAAACCUCCAAGUGAUUAAUUCACUAAAAAGCAAAACCAUUGAAAUUUAUACGAGAAUGAAGCUUUUGUUUUUAGAAUACUUUUUCACAAUAAAAAUUUAAUAUUGUGCAUUAAGCUUAGAAAAUCUGAUAUAAAAGAACAGAAAUGGUUGAAGUUCGUGCUUUUGAUUAAAAAAAAUUUUCUGUAUUUUCUUGAAUUUUUGUAAAUAUUAAAUUUUUUAUCCCAUUUUUACCCUAAAACUGCGUCAUAAAUCAUAACCCUUCAGUUUAGUUUCUGGACACAACAUUAGACUCCGAAAAGACCUGUCUUUCAUGGUUACUGCCUUACCGGUGGGGUUUUCUUGUUGGAUUUCAGAAUCUGCCCAUUCAAAGAUGAAUCCAAAAACAGGUAAAUGCCUUCUGUUGUUAACUUAAUUCCAAUUUCCAUGUCUUACUUUCUCUGCAAAACAAUUCUCCAUGGGAGGCAGGAUGUUACAGCCCCUCAAAGUCACAAACUUUUGGGAGUAGCAGCAUCUCUCACUCUCAGAUACACGUCAAGCUCUUCGAAUGAGUUGUCAUUUACAGUUUCAUACCUUAAAAAUAAAUGUGGGUUGUCCUUAGAAUCUGCUUUAACUGCCUCUAGGUAUGUUCAUUUUGAAACCCCAGAAAAACCUGCCUCCGUCAUUGCUUUAUUCAAGAACCAUGGUUUCUCAGAACUCCAAAUCACCCGCCUCAUCGAGAAACGGCCUGUAGUGCUUACUUCUGCUGUCAAGAAAACCCUUUUGCCUAAACUUGAGUUUUUUCGCUCUAAAGGUGUUUCAAGCCCUGACCUUGCCCAAAUCUUGUGUCAUAACCCAAAUAUUUUGGUGUCAAGCUUAGAAAAACAAAUAAUCCCUUCUUUUAAUUUCCUUAGUAAUGUGCUUAAGUCUGAUGAGAAGGUUAUUCGUGCUGUAAAACGUUCUCCGCGCCUUAUGGGUUACAAUAUUAAUGCCAUUUUGUUACCCAAUAUCAAUAUUUUGCUGGAUAAUGGAGUUCCUGAAUCUAAUAUUGUUACACCACUUUAUGCAUUGUCUACAACAUUGAUAAAAAAUCCAAUUCGGUUUAAGGAUAUGGUAGAGGAAGCAAAGGAAAUGGGAUUCAAUCCUUCUAGACGAAUGUUUAUGGUAGCUCUUUUCGCAAUGAGUUCAAUUAGCAAACCAACAUGGAAGAGGAAGUUUGAAGUUUUUAAGAAGUUUGGUUGGUCUGAAGAAGAGGUUUUCAAAGCUUUUAGGAGGUGUCCCACUUUUAUUGAGGUGUCUGAGGAUAAAUUUAUGGUGACAAUGGAUUUCCUUGUGAACAAAAUGGGUAUUCAGUCUUCACUUAUUGCCAAACGUCCCCGAAUACUGUUGAUGAGCUUGGAGAAAAAGAUUGUUCCAAGGGGUCUGUUUGCACUAGAUUUGUUGUCCAAAGGUGUUAUCAAGCGCAUUAACUUGCAGGCAUUGUUGGAGACUUCAGAUGAUUUAUUUAUUGAGAAGUUUGUGAGCUGCUAUAAGGAGGAAGCAUCUGAGCUGUUAAAGCUAUAUCAAGAAAAGUUAAAUCUUUCAAAAAACUGGAAAAUGGCUUUAGAAAUGGAAUCACAGACACUGCAUCCUAGUAGUCAUGAAGACUCGAAUGAACAUGUAGCAUCUUCCAUUACUGUUCCCCGGCUUCUUCAAGAAGGUGGUCUGAAGUUUGGGAAGAGUUUGUUAUGCUUGACGCAAAGGAGAUAUGAACAACUCCAUGGAGAUUCAAAAGAGAGAGCUAAAUGUAUACACUGCGGGAAGGUUUUAAUUGGUGAGCCUCGUUCAGGUACUUCCUCUUUAAAAUGUCAUUUAAAGAAAUGCCCUAAACGUCAAGUGCAUGAAUGUGAAGUAGGGCCACCAAGUAACAUAGAAUCAGAUGUUUAUCGAGAAAUGAUUGCUGAAAAUGUAAUUGAGCAUGGCUAUCCAUUUGAAUGGGUUGAACAUAGGAAACUAGGCCUUCUGUUGCUAUUUAAAUGAAGAUUUCAAACCCAUUUCUUGGA